UGUGUGUGUGUGUGUGUUUAGUUUCAGAGAUGGCCGAUAGAAAGGGCAGCAGCGGCGUCAGCUCUCGUCUGACCGUCAGGAGGAAAGAAAAAGCAGAAAACGAUGCCAAGAAAGAGGAGAAAAGCCCAACAGAAGCGGAGAAACCCGAAGUGAACGGGAAAGAGGCGCCGAUGGAGAACGGAGAGGCCGGAGCCGCUGCUGCGGACGGAGAAAAACCAGAACCCAUAGAGCUGCCGCCGUUCGAGAUCAUCACUGGGGAUCGCAUGGACCCAUUUUUCUUCAAGUUCCAGUUCAAGAAUGUGGAGUACUCGUCCGGCCGGAAUAAAACCUUCCUGUGUUACCUGGUGGACCACGGCGGCGACGGCCUGAUGAGGGGCUACAUUGAGGAUGAGCACGCUAGCGGACACGCAGAGGAAGCCUUUUUCCAGCAGAUCCUGACCAACUACGACCCGGCCUGCAAAUACACCAUCACCUGGUACAUGUCCUCCAGUCCCUGCGCCACCUGCGCAACCAAGCUGGCGGAGAUCCUGCGCUCCAGGAAGAACAUCCGGCUGGCCGUCUUCUCGGCGCGGCUGUUCGAGUGGGAGGAGCCUGAGAUCCAGGCAGGGCUGAAGCUACUAGCGUCCGUCGGCUGCAAACUGCGCAUGAUGAAGCCGCUGGAUUUCACCUACACCUGGGACACGUUUGUGGAGAGCGACGAGCAGCAGUUCACACCCUGGGAGGACUGUCAGGAGAACUACGAGUACUACCAGGACAAACUGGCCGACAUCCUGCAGUGAUGAUAAUGAAGCUAGUCGACGCACACACUUGGAAGAGCGUGAGAGAAAACUGAUUCAAUUAAAUACUUUUAUGAUUAAGAGAGUUUAUACUUUUGAAUUAAUUGUUAGGUUCAUGUUUGAAUUAAUCACAUCUUUGUUUACGUUUUGUUUAUGUUUACUUGUCUGUGAUGGACACGUUUCAUAUUUCAUACCGAUUUAUCCACUGUAUUGUUUAUUUUGCAACACAGAGGUUUUUCUUUGACUUGUUUUUUGACUAUAAGAACAGCAAAGUACAUUACAUCGAAAACAACUGCGCUGGAAAUGUUCAUGUUUUUAAAAUUUAUUUACUGUUUUCAUUUAUUUCAUUUGUUUUCAGUAUCAAGACAGAUAUAACAUCGAAAAGCUCGCUUAUUACACAAAAAUAAGGUGGAUUUCAAAUCAUUUCAGUUUUAUUUAUGAUUUUUAUACUCAUGCUAGUCAUCGCACUCUUUCAUACUGUGAAUUAAUCAAGUAAUUUUGAUAUAAUAGCUACAAACUUAACUGAAAACACUGUUACUGCUGCUGCAUAUCAAUGACAAUUGUGGAAGCAAUAAAUCAUCAACAACCUUCACUA